UCCAUGUUAAAUGUGUUAAAUACAAUGUAAAUAACAUGUGAAAAUCGAAUCGUUAUUUAACAAUCUGAAUCUUACACAGCACUACACUUGAAAUCACCACACUGAACAGUGAAAACUUCACGUGAUCAGAUGUGGCUGCUGCGUAGUAACCCGGGCACGUGGCUUGUGUCGCUGGCACGCAAUUGCAGUUUCUCCACGUGCUUGUGUUUGUUGUCUCCCUGCUACCAAUGUUGGCUGACGCCCAAGUUUCUCUCCGUCUGUAAUCACGCGACGUGGACUGGGCUGAAACACCGAAGCGGCCAUAUCAAACCAAGGACAGAAGACGUGCCUGAGGACUCAGGUCUCCGAGCCUAUCUCAGACACUUCUCAGACGCGCUGACCUGCGAAUUGCGACCCAAAAGCAGCAUAUAUGGCAACGUUUCCUGCGUGCCAGGCGGGAUACAAAUCCAUCGCGAGGAGCGCCGUCUGUUGCUCGUGGUCCGCCCACCCUGCACUUUCGCCGAGCAGGUCCGAGUCGAGUCGAUGCGCCGCGCUGCAUCAAGCCCACCAGGCACCAUCAAGUCAAAUAUCGGAAGACGGUUCGACCUUGGCCCGGCACAAGACGUUCCGUGGCAGAGUGGACGACGCUAUCGCGGAAUCCUGCCUGGGCGGACGGACGGACGGACGGCGACGGGGUGCGAGUCUGGAUCCCUGUCAGAUGAUGGCUCGGGCCGUGGAUUUGGUCAACUCCGAGGCUUGCAGCUGUGCUCUUUUAUCAGCUGAAAGAGACUCUUGGAGGAAGACCCACAGCUUGUCUGCGUCCUGAGCGUAGUGUGGUGCUCCAGGAGGAAUGCUCUUCAUGUUGCUCAGCUGCGAAGGGCGUUACCGGCGGAAGCUCUCAGAGUCUUUGAACCAGAUUGCUUGGUUGGCCAAAGCGUUGGAGUCGUCUCCGGAAUGUGCGUGUGAACUAGGACCCACGCCAGGUGCCAGCAGAUGCCCGGGAGGGAACGCCGGCUCUAGACUCCCGGCACAGCCACAGGUGCCCCCCCUCAAGCGAUGUCCGUCCUCGGACAUGUCUCCCGUCUCGUCAAUGGAAACGCCACGCAUUGGGCUCCGCAGUUGCGGCCCUACUCGCCCGACGCAACCCCAGCUGCCCACUGGUUUUAGAGACUCGACCUCCACGCCUCCUCUGCCAUCCGUUCCUCCGCCGCCGCGAUCUCCAGGUCCUGGGUUGUGGGGUCUGGUGUUGUCGCAUCUCGCGGGUGCUUCUGGUCCAGGGUAGAAUCGCGUAGCGGGAUGUAGUGUCGUAGCCGUCUCGAAUGUACAAACUGGAGGUUUGCUAGCGGUUUGCCUUCUAGGUCGCAGAGCGAAAAUGAAUUUAGGUGCUGUGCAUAGAUCUGCACUGGCGCCGACCAGCGUGGCUUUAGCUUGUUCACCGAGAGGCGGUUGUUGUCCGCUUCUAAAUCAUACCACUGUACCAGAUCGCCAAUCCUAAAGCGGACAAUCUUGGAGUUUGCGUCGAAGCUCGACUUCUGUUGCGCAGCUCGUUGGAGUGAUCUGAGCACCUCAGUU